AUGCUGGAAGCACUCUUCAUGCACCAUGUGCCAUCCAUCACCGAAUCACAGCAUGCCACGUGGCAGAGGCAAGCUGAGCAGGACACCCGGGCCUCGGCCCUGCUGCGCCGCCUUCUCUCCUCCUCCCCAUCAGCUCCCAUCAUCAAGCAAGAAAGUCACGAGACUGCUGGGCCAGAACUUGGAACAACAGCAGCAGCAGGGGGGGCAGGGGAAGGAGGGGGUGGGGGAAGCAUGGGGAGGGCAGCAGCAGGGGGCAUGGCGGAAGUGCCUGCAUGGUUGGAGGCGGAGAUGGGGGAGGAGCUGCUGCUGCAGGAGGGGGAGGGGGAGGGUGAGAGCGCGGGGGAACGUGGAGGUGGGAGUGGGGAGAGGAAGGGGAAAGAGGCCUCAGGGGUAGGGGAGGGAGCGGGGGCGGGGGUGGGAACAGGGGCGGGGGCGGGGUCAGGGGAGGGGCAAGGGCGGAUGGGACGGUAUGUGCCGGAAGAGGUGUGGGGGGUGGUGUGGGAGUGGGACAGGCAGUUUGGGCUGGGCUGGUUGUUGAGGCAAGCCUUUGGUGCCUCUGCUCUGGAAGGACUCAUACACGCACAGGUGAGCGAAGGGCCAUUCCCUUUGAGGUUUCUCGAAAGCGGCUGUUGA